CGGUUUUUUAAGUUAUGACAAAAGAAACAAUUUAAUGAAACGACAAAAUACUGCAAAAUCACCUAAUACACCCAAAAACACCCCAAACCAAAAUUCUCCCAAAAACACCCCAGCUCAAAAUUCUCCCAAAAACACUCCAGCUCAAAAUUCUCCCAAAAACACUCCAGCUCAAAAUUCUCCCAAAAACACUCCAGCUCAAAAUUCUCCCAAAAACACGCAGGUUCAAAAUUCUCCCAAAAACACACCGGUUCAAAAUUCUCCCAAAACCACCCCAGCUCAAAAUUCUCCCAAAAACACGCAGGUUCAAAAUUCUCCCAAAAUCACACCAGUUCAAAAUACACAAAAUUCUCCCAAAAACAAUCCAGUUCAAAAUACACAGAAUUCUCCCAAAAAUACUCCAGUCCAAAACACGCCCGUACAAAAUACACCAGUACAAAACACACCAGUACAAAAUACACCCAGGCAAAAUACACCCAAGCAAAAUGCACCAGCACAAAAUACUCCUAAGCAAAAUGCACCAGCCCAAAAUACACCCGUACAAGAUACACCCAAGCAAAAUGCACCAGCCCAAAAUACACCCGUGCAAAAUACACCAAAGCAAAAUGCACCAGCACAAAAUACACCGGUACAAAAUACACCCAAGCAAAAUGCACCAGCGCAAAAUACACCCGUACAAAAUACACCCAAGCAAAAUACACCUGUUCAAAACACACCAACACGAGAUUCACCAGCUUUGAAUACACCAACGCAAGAUGCACCAGUUCAAAACACACCAACACGUGAUUCACCGGCUUUGAAUACACCAACGCAAGAUGCGCCAGUUCAAAAUAUACCAACACGAGAUUCACCGGUUUUGAAUACACCAACGCAAGAUGCACCAGUUCAAAAUACACCAACACGAGAUUCACCAGUUUUGAAUACACCAACGCAAGAUACACCAGCUUCGAACACACCAACGCAAGAUGCACCAGUUCAAAACACACCAACACCAACACGAGAUUCACCAGUUUUGAAUACACCAACACAAAAUGCACCAGUUCAAAACAUACCAACACAAGGUGAACCAGCUCAAAACACACCACCAGUUCAAAACACACCAACACAAGGCGCGCCUAUUCCAACACAAGAUGCAAAUACUCCAACACAAAAUGCGCCAGUUUCAAAUACUCCAACACAAAAUGCAAAAACUCCAAUACAAAGUUCAUCGGCUCCAAAUACAUCAGGCGCGCCGGCUCAAAAUACGCCAGCACAAGGUACGUCUGUUCAAAAUACACCAUCACCGCCAGCACGAGGUACGUCUGUUCAAAAUACACCAUCACGAGGUGCGCCUGUUCAAAAUAUACCAUCAUCGGUUCGAGGUACGUCGACGCAAAACAUUCCAGUUCAAAAUGCGGAUGGUGAUAAUAUUCCAACACAACCGCCAGUUUCAAACACUGCUAAAGCAGACAACAUUAAUCUUAAUUCUAAUAUUUCAUUUUUCUUAGCAAGUAAAUCUAGACCUAUGGAUCCACCUCGAACAACAAUAACUUAUGAUGUUUGUAAAAAUCAAAUUAAUUGUACACCUGACCCACCGGAC